GAGAGAGAGAGAGAGAGAGAGAGGAGAAAGAAGAGGGCGUUAAUGGCGGUGGUCGCGGAGAUAGGGGAGGAGACGAAGAAGGAAGAGGAGGGAGAGGGAGGGGAGGAGGAAGAAGAAGAAGAAGAAGAGGAGGAGGAGAGGGUGAGAUGGGCGGGGCACUAUUCGUCGGCGCAGCAGAUACUCCUCGUGGGGGAAGGGGACUUCUCCUUCUCCCUCUCCCUCGCCACCUCCUUUGGCUCCGCCUCCAACAUCGUAGCCACCUCCCUCGACUCGCGUGAUGAUCUGGUGAAAAAGUAUAAUAAAGCUCAAUCAAACCUGAACAGUCUAAGGGAGAUGGGGGCGACAGUUUUACACGGUGUCAAUGCGAAAAAAAUGAAGCUUCACACGGAUUUGAAGAUGCGGAAAUUCGAUAGGAUUGUUUUCAACUUUCCACAUGCUGGGUUUAAAGGAAAAGAAGAUAAUCCACAAGUUAUCAAUUUGCACCGGAGUCUGGUGAUGGGUUUCCUCAGAAAUGCCAGCCACAUGCUUCGACCUUAUGGCCAAGUUCACAUUAGCCAUAAGACCGGAGGCCCAUUCAAAAGAUGGGACCUCAAAGAACUCGCCUCUAAGGCCUCUCUGCUUCUUGUUGAGUGUUCCGAUUUUCGAAUUGGCGAUUAUCCUGGUUACAAUAACAAGAGAGGAGAUGGCUUAUUCUGCGAUGAGCCUUUCCCUCUAGGCGAGUGCAGCACGUUCAAAUUCAGGAUUGGAGAGAUGCGCAAAAAGAAAAAAGCUUUCAAAAAGAGAUUUUCUUUGGUGCCAUCCAUUGAAGCACCUAGUUUAGAUCUCAACAACCUUGAAAACAUCAGGAGACUUAAUUGUCUACCUCCUGUUGCUCAACAUGGUUACAACAUGGAGGGAAGGCCCCAAUCGAACUUUCUGAUUAAUGUGGAUAGCAUUCGAGGGACAAUUACUUUUGGACCAAGGAUUAGGACUACGAGUGGUAGCUUACAAAUGACUGAAUUGAAUUUAUCAAAUGCUCAUCGAGGGUUUGGAAUCUCCAAUCUUCAUUUCGGUCGGCCUGUGCAAGAUUCUUUAGGCAGAACAUAUGAAUUACACAUGAAUGAAGCAUCGGGAAGAACUGUAUCACAUGAUGUGCAGUACCAAGAUUAUGUACGCAGAACAUAUGGAUUGUACACAAAUGAAGCACCGGGAAGAGCUGCAUUGCAUGAUGUACAAUACCAAGAUUCUUUACGGGUGAAUGAAGCACCGGGAAGAACCUUGCCGUUCAAUGUACAACAUCAAAUUCCGGAAUUUAAUUUAUCAAAUGCUCAUCAAGGUUUUGUUGAUGUUGGCCGAGCUGUUCAAAGUUUUCCGAGCAGAGGAUAUGAUUUGUACGUGAACGAACCACCGGGAAGAACCUUGCCGUACAAUGUACAACAUCAAAUUCCGGAAUUUAAUUUAUCAAAUUAUCAUCAAGGUUUUGUUGAUGUUGGCCGAGCUGUUCAAAGUUUUCCGAGCAGAGGAUAUGAUUUGUACAUGAAUGAACCACCAGGAAGAACUGUGCUACAGGAAAAGCUUCGCGAGCAAGCUCUGUAUAGAAAGGCGUCGCUUCGAAGGUUGUUGGAUAGCCGCCAUCCAAUUGACCCUACGCUUUACAGGUUCUAAUUCACGGCUACUUAUCCAUUCCUGAAAUGUGAAACAGAUACGGGCUUUUCGUUCACGCAUGUAUAGCGAUAACUUUGUUCGUACUUGGAUCUCAUAUCUCUUGAAUCAUGCCUCGAAGGUUUUAGAGUGCUCUAUGUAUCCAGUUUCUUGCUUCCAUAAGACCUUGGAGAAGGUAAAGAAUAGCACAAUUUUUUGUGUUUGUUGCCACUUCUUUUCUCCGUUGCUAUGUAGAGAAUUGAAUGGACCGUCGUAGACUCCCAGUGAAUUGUAACUUAAUCCUCUGUGCGGGUUUGUCUAUGGCAUAUGGCAUGAUAAUUUCUGAAGGGCUGAGUGUUCUAUUUUGGGUUUUGUGAUUUAAGCUUACCAUGCGUUUUUUCUGUGGCUCAUUUUAAAAAGCACUCCCAGAAGAAUAAGGAGCUGUUUGGCUGCAGGCAAGUGCAAGUAUACUGCAAUUGUAAUUAUAUUUGAAUUUAAAUUCGGCAUUUUGUUUGAUGCUUUUUAA